UACUUACUUUAACUCACAUUAACCCGAUUGUCACGUAUACGUGAAAGAGGUAUAACCUACGCAAGUUUAUACAUCGAUACGAUAUACGCGCGCUUACGGCUCGUUUGCGUUCAUACCUGUCGCUAAAGUCACUGUACGCUUCGAGCGAAAGGUGAUAAACAACCAAUAGAUAACGUUAAUAGAUAACGUUCGCAAGCUACAUUAUCGACAAAAUAUAAAAUGUUGCCGAUCUGUAGAUACGAUUGAUUAAUAUUCGCAUAAAUAAUUGCAAUAAGUAGAUAAGUAUUAGGAUCGCCUUUCUAAUUUCAUUUGGUUUUCUAAAACAAAGGAAAGAUCCUUGAACGAUUUCGUCGGUCGAUUAGUCGGUCGAAGUUAUAUAUAAAAAAGAAGAGAAAACAGUAGAAUUGCGUUAUGGACCCUGGUAAGAAGCACAUUUAGCGAGAAAAUAACGAGAAACCAUCUUGGUCCAUUUGGAUAGGAAGAAAUGUAGGGUUUCAUAGUCGAACGGCGUACAAAGUAGGGUCCGAUGGACUGGCAAAACGAGGAGAACGACUACUUUGACGUAGACAAUUUUUCUUGGAACGAGAGUAAUUUUUUAUCCAGAACGAAAAGUGAAGUGAGUUUGGCCGGUACUCUUGGUCGCAGCGUUUCUUCCAAAGAAGUACAGGUCAGCUUCAUUAAUUGCAAAGAAUCGAAAAGUUUUACAUCUGCUUUUGAACAACUGGACUUGGAUGUAAAUUCUAAAGAUAGUACGGAAUUAGUUCAAAGAACGUGCGAUGUACAGACUGAUCCUCUAUACGAUCACGAAACUGAAAAUAUGAUCACAGGCUUUCAAACUAGAGAGAUCCCAUCCUUCCGUUUGGUCAUUCAGGGUCCUGAAAUUUUAAAAUUUCAGGGUACAAAAUAUGCAUCAAAAGAUAUCGCGCGUUAUUGGAAGAAAGAUUCACGAAUGUGGCUUUGGAAGUCCGGACAGCGUGCGAAUAAUCAACAACAGCCAGAACAUUCUACGCAUUUAUGUAUAUCGGAGCAGAACUUCAAAAGAUUUCAGUGAAAAAGAAAUUUAAAUUUAUAGUAUUUUUUUCAUGAGAAUCGUCUGAUAAAAAUCAUAAUUUAUAUUUUUUUAUAUUUAUUU